GCGAUGGUCAGCCGCCGCGGCGCGGCAAGAUGCUGGAUGGGCCCCUGCUGGCGCGCUGGCUGGCCGCGGCCUUCGCGCUGACGCUGCUGCUCGCCGCGCUGCGCCCCUCGGCCGCCUACUUCGGGCUGACGGGCAGUGAGCCCCUGACCAUCCUCCCGCUGACCCUGGAACCGGAAGCAGCUGCCCAGGCACACUACAAGGCCUGCGACCGGCUGAAGCUGGAGCGCAAGCAGCGGCGCAUGUGCCGCCGGGACCCCGGUGUGGCUGAGACGCUGGUGGAAGCGGUCAGCAUGAGUGCUCUCGAGUGCCAGUACCAGUUCCGGUUUGAGCGCUGGAACUGUACCUUGGAGGGUCGCUACCGGGCCAGCCUGCUCAAGCGAGGCUUCAAGGAGACAGCCUUCCUUUACGCCAUCUCCUCUGCUGGCCUGACGCAUGCACUGGCCAAGGCGUGCAGUGCAGGCCGCAUGGAGCGCUGCACUUGUGAUGAGGCCCCUGACUUGGAGAACCGAGAGGCCUGGCAGUGGGGUGGCUGCGGGGACAAUCUCAAGUACAGCAGCAAGUUCGUCAAGGAGUUCCUGGGUCGGCGGUCUAGCAAGGAUCUGCGAGCCCGUGUGGAUUUCCACAACAACCUCGUGGGUGUGAAGGUGAUCAAGGCCGGGGUGGAGACCACAUGCAAGUGCCACGGCGUAUCAGGCUCAUGCACCGUGCGGACGUGCUGGCGGCAGCUGGCGCCUUUCCAUGAGGUGGGCAAGCGCCUGAAGCACAAGUACGAGACAGCGCUCAAGGUGGGCAGCACCACCAAUGAGGCCACCGGCGAGGCCGGCGCCAUCUCACCACCGCGGGGCCGGGCCACAGGGACGGGUGGUGGCGACCCACUGCCCCGCACACCGGAGCUAGUGCACCUGGAUGACUCACCCAGCUUCUGCCUGGCCGGCCGCUUCUCCCCAGGCACUGCCGGCCGCAGGUGCCACCGUGAGAAGAACUGCGAGAGCAUCUGCUGCGGGCGUGGUCACAACACACAGAGUCGGGUGGUGACCCGGCCUUGCCAGUGCCAGGUGCGCUGGUGCUGCUAUGUGGAGUGCAGGCAGUGCACCCAGCGCGAGGAGGUCUACACCUGCAAGGGCUGAGCCCCUGUGCCUGGCCAGGCUGCUGCAGGGGUGCAGGCAGUGUGUGCAAUGUGAGGGGUGUACACCUGCAGGGGCUGAGCCCCUGGGCCUGGCCAGGCUGUUGCAGGCGUACAGGUGGUGUGUGCCAUGUGAGGGGUCCAGACCUGCAGGGGCUGAGUCCUUGACCUGGGCGCCCCCAGUAUACUUGGUUACAAGGCAGGGGCAGAGGCCAGGGGGUUGGCUGGGUUGACCAUCUCCGCCCUUUUGUCUCCCCAUCUCAAAGGCCCAGUCUGACCUCUGCAUCCCCUCUGUUUGUCCUUCCCCAUGACCUGAGAGCUUUGCACAGAUGCUUUCCAAGCUGUGUCCCCCUAAGUCACCAGGUGCCCCUCCUGCGCUGGGUGCCCUCUGAGGAGCAGUGGGCACACCUUCUUGACCACACGGCCUCUGUGUGAGCUGCCUGUGGCCUGUCCUGCACCAGCACUGGCUUAGAGUCAAACCACUAGGAGAGAGAGCAGAUGCCUGGCUGCCCAGGUGCAGGGGGUAUACUGCUGGGCCCCUCUGACAUCGAGUACUUCUCUUUGGAGUGAUAUCAGUGACUUUUAAGUUAUUUUUAUUUAACUAAUAUAUAAUUAUUAUUUUCUCCAUCCCUGCAGUCUCCCAGGCUGUGGCUCCUCCCCCUCUCAGCAGAGCCUGGCCUGGAGGGGCCCCUUUCUCCCUCCCCUCCACGCCCCCUCCUAAACUGUUCGCCUGAUCUGCUUUGUCGUUUGAAACCACUAAAUCCAGAGAGACAUGCUGUCGUUGUUUUUGAAGAAGUAAAGCAGGCUGUGUCUGGCUACCACCCUCAGGGUUUCUGGAAGCCUGGUCCCAUGGUCCAGGUUGGCUACCCGUAGCAAGGCUGACCUGGGAAGUGGACGGGCCCUGCUCUGCACCCUGUGGGCACAUGGCUCCACACUCUAGCCUCCUCAAUGCAGAUUCUGGGGCUGGGGGUGGCAGAAGGUGGCCUGUUCUCCCCCAGAGGUGGGCAUGGGCAGAGGGGCAGGGCCAGCCCCUUGGAGGUUCAUUUCAUGAGGAAGGCACAGCUUGCUCUCUGUCACUGUGGGGGAGGCAGGGUUGGGACAGACAUGGGUGGAGAGAGUCUAGGUUAGGAUAUGGCAAAUGGAAGGCUGUUCUCCUUGGCCAUGCUGUUGAUUUUGCAGGGAAGGGAAAAGGAUGGCCAGCACUGACCUGAUUUGGUUUGAGGGUGUGUGCACACAUGUGUGCAUGUGUGUAUGCAUGCACGAGUGUGUGGUGUGUGUGCAUGAGCAUGUUGAUUGUGUGCAUGCAUGAGUGUACAUGUGUGUAUGUGAUGUGUGUAUGCAUAAGUGCACGUGCGUGCUUGUGUGUGAGCACGUGUAUGUAUCUGCAUGUGGUGUGUGUCCAUGCAUGAGAAUGUGAGCACAUCUGUGCGUGGGUGUGCAUGUACGUACAUGGAUGCAUGUAUGUGUGUGACCAUGUGCACGUUUGUGCAUGUGUGGUCUCUGUGCUCGUGUGUGCGUGUGUGAGCAUACGUGUGUGCGUGCAUGCAUUGCGUAAGCGUGUCUGUGCGUGUGUGUGGUGUGUGUGCUCAUGCACACUGUGUUGGGUUGUGGUCAGUGGUUGGCUGGGGUGUGGCCUCUGCCCUGUGCCCUUCCUAGGUGUGGAGCUCUACUUCCCAUGUUGGUGGGUCCUCCAGCCCUGGGCCCAUCGUGCCCAGCUCUAUCACUGUGCUCCGAGGGUGUGCGCGGGGGUUUGGGCAAGCACAGAGCUGGGUGGCAGCAUGGACACGGGAACUACUGAGUGAAGGGAUUCCUCGGAGUCCAGGGUGGGGCUUCAGGAACCCUGGGGACUGUGUUUUUUAAAGAAAACCUAUUUAUGUGGAUGUGGGUCUCUUUGUCCCUGUUUUAUAGUGUAAAUAGUAAAGUUUAUUCUCCUGUGGUUCAGAGAACAUCCCCGUGAAUAACUGCAUGCUGACAGAGUGGUGCAGCCAAGGCAUGUCCCCUGGGAGGGGACAGUGGAUGAUGUGGGUCUGCCCCUCGGUCUCCUUCACGCCUGGCUGGAGAGGGUGAGGAUAGGCUGGGGUGCAUCCCAGUUGUCCCCAAGCAUUCCCACCUGCUGGGGCCUGGAGCAGGCAGAGCUGGCCAUGCUUCUAUGACAAGACUGUAGCUCGGUCACUACUGGGUCUGGAAAGGUGGCAAGUCAGAGGAAGGAUUUUUUUUAAUCAAAUACCACAUUUAGCUCUAUGUCAUAAAUAUUAAGAAAAGUAUUUUUUUAAACAAGGCAGAUUGAAAACGUCUGCUGGCUGGUUUGUUUAUACAUAAAUAUAUAUCAGAAUGUCUUGCUAAGCAAAGAAACAACUCCCACUGACGGAGCCUCUCAUUAACAUGCUUCUCUCUGUGCAGCAGAGGAUCUCUAAAAGAAAACACGUUCUGUGGCGGGGUCCAGAUCCCCCGACCCCCCCCAGGGCCGCAGGGGCAGAGCCAUGCUGAGGGCCAGGCGGGUCCCGGCCACCUGCUCUCUGCUCAGCGUGCACAGACGUGACUCCGAGCUUGGUUAGGCCAGGUCCAGGCGGGCGGGAGGAGAGGGGCAUUCACACACGAGAGAAGUCUUGUGUGAGCCUGUUGAUUUCUCUACCUCAUCUGUAUAGCGAGUAGGUGUGUACUCGAGUGACUUGGAGAAUGUAUUUAUUUAAUGGC